CAUCAUGUUCGGCUCGCCCGAGAAAAACAAGAAACUCGACAAGGGGAGCAGCGCUGCGUCAGCCAGGAGGUUGUCCUACGUCAGUUCGUGUUCUGUCGACACGAUAGCGGUCCAGCUAAACAACGUGGGUAACAGACAGCUGUUCACGAAAACCGGUUACUACAAGGGAGCGAUUAUAUCGGUGAAGGCGAUUACCAGAUCCAGCAUCACCGUGCACAAGCCGCUCCUCCUGGAAGUCAAAAAGGUGAAGGACUUACAGAACGAUCACAUUGUGAGGUUUGUUGGCGCCUGUAUAGACUCCCCCAACCAGUGUAUCCUCACUGAAUACUGUCCCAAGGGAAGUCUACAAGAUGUGUUGGAAAACGAUGAGAUAAAGCUUGACUGGAUGUUCCGGUAUUCCAUAAUGCAGGACAUCGUUAGAGGCAUGGCGUACCUGCACGGCAGCGAGAUCAAGAGUCACGGCAAGCUGAAGAGCACGAACUGCGUGGUGGACAGCAGGUUCGUCGUCAAAAUCACCGACUUCGGCCUGCACUAUCUCAGAGAUUCGGACGAGGACAGCGACCAGGUCGACUACGCGUAUCACCACAGUAAGCUGUGGUCAGCCCCAGAGUUACUCCGUAUCCACCACCGACCUCCAGAAGGAACCCAGAAAGGAGACGUCUACAGCUUCGCCAUCAUCUGUCAGGAGAUUGUUUAUAGGAACGGAGUCUUCCACCUGCACAAUCUAGAUCUCAGUCCAGAAGAAAUCAUCCAGAAGGUGUGUAAGGGUCUGAGGCCGUAUUUCCGACCGACCAUCGAGGACUUCGACUGUCCAUGUGACGAGUUGGCGGAGGUGAUACGCAGGUGCUGGGCCGAGGACCCCAUGGAGAGACCCGACUUCCAGGCCCUCAAAUCAGUGAUCAGAAAACUCAACAAGGAUGGCGACAAAGGGAACAUCCUGGACAACCUGUUGUCUCGAAUGGAGCAGUACGCUAACAACUUGGAGGCGCUCGUGGCGGAGCGGACCGCCGACUAUCUGGAGGAAAAACGCAAGGCAGAAGACCUGCUCUACUCCAUGCUUCCCAAAUCAGUUGCCGGUCAGCUGAUUCGAGGUGAGACGGUCAAGGCGGAGACGUUUGAUCACGUUACUAUCUACUUCAGCGACAUCUGCGGCUUCACGGCAAUGUCGGCGGAGAGUACGCCCAUGCAGAUUGUCGACUUUCUGAAUGAUCUGUAUACGACGUUUGACUCAACAAUCGAGAACUACGACGUGUAUAAGGUGGAGACGAUAGGUGAUGCCUACAUGGUUGUAUCUGGUAUGCCAGUUAAAAAUGGAAAUUUGCACGCGAGAGAAAUCGCCCGGAUGUCGCUAGCUCUGCUUGAGAAAGUCAUGAAGUUUCGUAUCAGGCACCGUCCGCAACAGCAGUUGAAAUUACGAAUAGGACUGCAUACUGGAAGUGUUUGCGCAGGAGUGGUUGGUCUGAAGAUGCCGCGGUACUGCCUGUUUGGUGACACGGUCAACACGGCGUCUCGGAUGGAAUCUAAUGGAUUGCCGCUGAAGAUCCACAUGAGUCCUCAGACGAAAGAUGCUAUAUCCGAGUUUCGCACAUUUCUGGUGGAACUGAGGGGAACUGUCGAGAUGAAGGGCAAAGGUGCAGUAACAACAUACUGGCUAGUAGGAGAGAGUGUACCUGAAGAAACAACGUCCUCUUCUUGACGUUCAAAUCGAAACAACCAAUAAACAGCGACAUUCAUGACGUCAUCAGCUAUAUCUGACAUCAUGUUACUAAAACAGCACGUGUUUAAAAGGCUUUAACGUCUGAACGUUGUUUACAAAACUCUUAGAGUUUGACCUAACGAUCAAAAUUAUAACAUUACAACAUUAACGCUGAUCCAAACUGGAGUGUUAAACACUGGACUGGACGCAUGUCAAAAGACACCACAGAACAUUCGAUAACAUUGGACUACCGGGUGUCGAGCAGAAGUCAAUUCUAUAACCUCAUUGCUGCUGCUGCUGCUGCUGCUGAUGAUGAUGGUGGUGGUGAUGAUGAUGAUGAUGGUGGUGAUGGUGAUGAUGAUGGUGGUGAUGAUGAUGAUGAUGAUGAUGGUGGUAGUGAUGAUGAUGGUGGUUGGAUCAGGGUUCUUAUAUCCAACUAAGAUUCAAUCUCUCUGUCUUGGGCACACAAUAUGUACAGCUACCUAAUGUGUUCGUCCAAGGGAUUAGUGGUUAGCUGUUAAUGGUUGGUUAGAGAGAAGUCGGUGUAGUGUAAUAACAAACUCGCUCUUGGUGUGAGCAGGUGCUAGUAUGCGAACUCAGUACCUACCAGUCUUGGUGUUGAUGGCUUAAUCACUGCACCGCCAAAGUCAGUAAUGUGACGUAGGCUAAAUAGAGAAUAAUACAUGAGUGGCCGUUAGAUACCAUUUAUCUCACAACGAGUUGUUUUAAAAUGUAUCUAACGAGCGAAAGCGAGUUUGAUACGUUUUUAAAC